AUGGCCACGACUUUUGACGCCUGCAAGGACCGCGGGAACGCCUGUUUCCGCAGCCAGGACUACACGGGAGCACUGGUCUGGUACGACAAAUGCGUUAGCACGGACCCUGCCAGCCCGGUGGCCCACAGCAACCGAGCCAUCUGUCUGAUCAAGCUGGGACGCGGUCUCGAGGCCCAGGCUGCCUGCCAGGAGGGCCUGGAGCGGCUCCAGCCGCUCCCAGCGACGCCCGAGCUCCACAAGAUCCGCCAAAAGCUGCUCUACCGGCUGCAGCUCGCUCAGCAGCUGCUUCCGCAGCAGGAAUGGCACGAAAUACCCAUCCGGCAGCUAGACGAGCUGCCAGCGGAGCUGGCAGCACUCUAG